UAAUGAUAAUUUUAAGGAAAAAAAAAAAAUCAAACAUUAAUGCUUAACCCUAAACUCGCAUAAGUUCAUUUGUCCAAAAAAACAGAACCCAUAGAAAUUCGUUCAUUUUUCACUUUCCUGAUUUUCGGCUCCGUGUGCCCUAGCUCCGGUCUCUCCCGUAGCCACCCAAUCACCGAAAAUUGAAAAGCAAAUAUUUUCAACAAACAUGGCUUCUUGUUCCACCAAACUGACGAUGAAAUUACUGAUAGACUCAAAGAGCGAGAGAGUCCUGUUCGGUGAAGCAUCAAAAGAGGUAAUAGAUUUCCUCUUUAGUUUGCUUUGCUUGCCUCUGAGUACCAUCACAAGGCUUUUAAACAAGAAUGACAUGCUUGGAAGCAUAGGCAAUCUCUAUCAAAGUGUUGAAAAUCUGAGCGACACUUACAUGCAACCAAAUCUAUGCAAGGAUGUACUUUUGAAGCCAAGAGCCCCACAAAUCUCAGCUCUUCUGCCCUCAAAUGAUGAAAGUGUUGAUCAAAAAGAAAAUUCAUUCUACAUGUGCCGAAACCGCUGCAAUUAUAGUGUGACAUGUGAUAAUAAGACUAGUUGUCCUAACUGUGGGAAUACUAUGAGCUAUGGAAUACCUUAUGUUGGAAACAAGGUUGGUGGAGAUGUAUUUCCCAAUAAUGAUAAAAAUGGGUAUGUGAAGGAAGUUGUUACUUAUAUGAUCAUGGAUGAUUUAGUCAUUCAACCUAUGUCUACCAUAUCAAGUAUUGUCUUACUCAACAAGUUCAAUGUCAAAGAGGUUUGUGACUUGGAAGAAAAAGUGGUUGAGUUGGGGAUGGAUCAGGGCAUCAAUAUUCUCAAGGCUUCUCUACAAUCCAAGAUGGUGCUCACAAGUGCUUUUCUGAAGAACACUGAAGCUGUGAGUGAACAAGGAGGUUCAUCUCUCAAACUUGAAACCGUUUGGUGCUAGCUGGGUGCGGAUUCUCUUCUUCUUCCUUUUCUCUUCCCGGAGCUCGGAAUCGUCUCACCGAAAGCAGGGAUGAGUUGGUGGCGGAUAGUGAGUCUGUAGCUGGCAGACGGAGUUGAUCUUCUAGGAUCUUUCGAUGUUUAGCUACUUAGUGUAGUAGCUUUUUAUGUAUUUUGUACACUUUAACUCUAUCCAGAUUUGAAUCAUGUAUAUGUAUUUAUUUGUAGACCCUAUAUGUAUACACUUGUUCCUUUCUGUGUGGUGUUUCUAGUGUGUUGUGCGGUGUGUAGUGACCAGUUGGGUCGUUACAAAUAGAUCCAUGUAUGUGUUCAAUCUCCACCACACGACUUUUGCAGCUUUUAUGCAAAGAUACACAUGCUUGGACCGCUGCUCUUUAAAUUGCAUUCAAUACCAGAUACACAGAUACACAUGCCACUCAUUUUCUUU